AUGGCCCAGAAAGCUUUAAAGAGAAGUCACUACAACCCUCUACUUAACCUUCAACUCUCAGCACAGAAUACCAAGAUGACACAGCAUCAACAUCUGAGUCAGCAGCAACUACCCAUGGUAUGGAUUGGCACACCAAGCAGAAAGCAGAUAAGUGCCUGGCUCAAGCCAUCAAUGCCACAGGCUCUCCUCUCAUGCUUACAACCAAUGUUCACUGGAGAAGUUUCUUGAACAUUCUAAGUGCAUACUUCCCUCCAACCAGGCAUGCUUUGUCAACCAACGUGUUGCAGGCAGAACAUGUCAGAGUGCAAGAAAAGGUAAAUGUCACUACUGACAAGACAGAAUGUGUUGCUGUGAUCUCUGAUAGAUGGUCCAAUGUAUGUGGGGAAGGUAUUAUCGAUUACAUUGUCUGCACUCCCCCACCCAAUGUUUUACAAAAGCACUGACACAAAAAUCAACAGACACACAAGCAAAUUCAUUGCAGAUGAGCUGAUAAAAUAGUUUUGCCGUAGUUACAGACAAUGUGGCAAAUAUGAAAGCAGCUUGGAGACAAGUCAAAGAAGCCUUCCCUCACAUCACUCCAAUUGGCUGUGCAGCACAUGGUCUCAAUCUUCUCCUGGGAGACAUCAUGGGCCUGGAAACCAUGCAGACCCUGUACAAUAAAGCCAAGAAGGUAGUGAAAUAUGUCAAAGGGAAACGGGUGGCCUCAGCAAUGUUCAGAGAAAAACUGUGUGAAAAGCAGAAAAACACCUCUCUCAAACUGCCCUGCAAAACCAGAUGGUGCUCAUCUGUAAUACUGUAUACAAGCCUUCUAGAAGGCAAAGUGUCCCUGCAAGAGAUGACCAUCUCAAGAGUCCAUACAAAAUUAUUCUACCAUCAAGAAGACAAUCCUUGAUGAUGUGUUUUGGGAGCACGUUGGCAUCUACCUGACCUUACUCACCCCAACUGCAUCUGCCAUUAACCAGGUGAAGAGAGAUGGGGCAGUCUUGUCAGAUGUUUAAUGGCUCUUCACAGAUCUGCGUGAGCAGAUUGGUGCUUCACUGACAACGUCUUUGCUGGACGAAGCAGAAGAGGAUGCAGUUUUGGAAAUGAUUGACAAAAGGCAAGACUUCUGCACCAAGCCCAUCCAUGCAGCUUUUUGCUGGAUCCAAAAUGUGCCAGAAUGCCUCAACCUGUCUGCGGAGCAGAUAAUGUCAGCAUACGACAUGACUUCAGCCAUGGCACACCACCUUUAG